UGCCCUGAGCUCUGCACCACCACCACCAUCUACACAUCGGCGGGCCUUGGUUAACGCCAAUAUUGAACAGCCACUCGUUGAUGUGUGCUACAGUUUACCCACCACCGACGACGACGACAGUUGAUUCUUCACUUCCUCUCGAAGCACUGCGUUCCCAGAUUGGAUGAGCUAGCCACGUCCCGUGGCGCCGCAAUCUCACCGUCUUCCCUGAUUCACUCGACCGAGGCUGGUUCCACCGCAAGCGUGCUCAGUGCUGGAGAUGCCUUUGUUAUCAAAUUCCGUAGACUGGUUACCGAGCCAUUCAGUUCCUUAAGUGACACUUCCGCAGGUGUGAACGAACCGGAAUCAAAAUCGUCCCACUCUCUCAUGGUACCGUUCUUGCUAUUAAAAUCGAGCUUUCUGGAUUCGUUGUCUGCUCUUGUGGACAAACUGCUUCUACAGAUGCGUCAACUGGAAUGUAUGCCGAUUCGACACUGGGACGAGUUGAUUGCUGCCACUUUGGGUUCUGUCAGUGGGACUGGCGCUUUGCAUGGUAGCACGCCGGGCUACACUAUUGCAUUGGUAGCUGAAUUGCUCAAAGUGCUCGAGCCAUUGAAUAAGCUUUCCCGCCGGCAACAAUACAAAUUGUUGCAAAUCCUGUUACACACGUGCGUCCGCUUACGCCAACUGGUGCUGCAGCGAACUGACUGCACGGUUCGUGCUCAAGGCCAAUUCGGAUCGAUGCUCCAUCAACUGAUUGGCGUGUCUGUUUCACAGAUUCGCGAAUUUCUUACGACCACGUUGGACGUUCUCGCUGAGUAUCCCAUAUCGGAUCAUCAGUCCGCUGUGUACUUGCUCAAACGAAUGUGCACUCCCGUGUGCCCCAUGGACGUCGACCACUCGGUCUUUCCCAUCAGUCUGGAUGUGUGGCGUGGACACGAGGACUACCUGCUCACCCGAUCUCGUUCGGAAUUACUGAACUCCGAUGCACGUGGCCUUGGCCCACGGAUCCAGAACGUGAUUCAUUACAUUUGCACGGGGAACAAUUUGACCACUGACAUGGGUUUGGAAACAGUGUGCGAAGGCCAAAUCCUGAUGCCACAGCUGCUCCUGUACGAUGUGUACACCCAAGUGUGGUGUGCCAACCCCAAUAACACAAACAAACCAAUGCGACUCAUCUAUCGCAUUCCUGGUCUGGAGUCGGAUAAUUUGCCCUACUUGGAGCACUUGGCGACGGAUCAAGUGCCACCAGAGCAAUACAUGCACAUUGGUGUCUUGGCCACACAUCCACACGGGCUCACAGACCUUUUCCGUCGUCUUACCAUAGUUCAAGAUCCCUUCCAGGGUAGGGAUUUGCUCGAUGUGAUCUUGCACAUAUUGAAGUACUGUUUGAAAACGCCAGAAUUCUUCGAACGCCUAACUGAUCUAGAUUUGAGGUCCAUUCCUAUCCUACUCAAUGUGUUGCUCAUGUGUCUCCAAGCAGACCGGUCCCGACCGGACAACGCUUCUUUCGAUUUACACGAGGAUAUCACCGGAAGGCUCAUUCGGGUACUUGAGCCAAUACUACAGUUAGCUGAUGAGCUCGAUUCCUCGUCGCCUGAUGCCAAAGACUCCAAUGGGAGAGUAAUACCGAAAGGAGAUUUCAACUGUUUCCAACAAUUGCUGCAAUGCAUGUCUGCACAGCCUGAUGUGCCCGUGGUGAAAAAUGAUGUGGCUCGACUGUUAGGUUUGUUGGCUUUUGGCGAUGCAUCGAAAAUCGAGACGAUUGUCGACUUUCUCAAAGCGCAUUUGAGUGUUAUCAGUCCCUCGGCCGAGUACUCCCAGUUGGAAUCAGCCCAGUUGGCCUGCUGUUGCUCUCUCAUGGUUUUUAUACAGCGACAAAUCCGCAACGGUGCGUUACUCCGACGUCAGAUUGUGGAAGGAGCAGGAGUUUUGCAGACGUGUCUGCAUUUCUUGUGGGACACUGUACCCCCCUGUGCACUGGAAUUGGAGAAAGGCACUGCGCUGAAUACAAACGACCCAGAGAUAGCUGCUUUUCUAUCUCUACCAGCGUUGCCUUACGUUCUUCAAGGCCUACGCGCCUGCCUAAGCGGAGAUCAAGACUCUGAAUGUUUAUCUCAGUCGUCAGAUUAUCAAUCACGCCAACCCGGUCGACCUGCAGUGACGGCGGAUCGGUUGUUACAUCUGUUUCAUCUACUGGAGAUGAGCAAGUCAGCUGGUCGCGUGGGUCUUCUGGACGAAGACAUGCUCACGGAAUGGUGCUCGAGCAAACAAACCGUAGGCUCGCGUUUCAAGCAUCUGGCUGUCGCGGAUUCGCCUCCCCGAAGCGUCACGAUGGCCUCUGUUAUCCAGCGUUUACGCAAAUCCACUUCUCUAAGAACGCGGCGUUUAGCAUUUAGCAUGCGUCAACGUCAAUUGCAAAGCUUGAAUAUGCGAGUGGACGAGAAAGGCCAGGUUGCUGUUACCGAGUCCGAUCGAUUAGCCAACAUGACUUCAGCACUCACCGAAGAAACCGGGUUUGGCUUGCGCAAUUAG